CUAAAAUGAGAUCAUUUCAACUUCAGCAAGAGAGAGGAACAAGCUGCUGCAAAGUGUUUAGAGUAUCAGUACUUCCAUGGAGGAGAGUGCAGAGAGGCUAAAGCCUACAGCAGGUCCUCACUUGGUGGGCAGGAAGGAGGAUCUGAUAAAAGCCAAACGGUCUUUCAGGACCCUUGAGGGCAGGGAUGUGCUUGUGAUCCAUCACCAAGGAACCUUCUAUGCUAUGGACUUCCACUGUUACCAUGCCGGGGGACCAUUGCAAAAUGGAGACAUAGAGGAGUUUGACGGCAAACUGUGCAUAGUGUGUCCGAAGCACAAGUACAAGAUCUCCCUGGCCGACGGGGAAGGCAUCUACAGUGCCAAGAAGCCCCAGGCCCCUGAGGCCGCGCCCACGUGGCACUCCAAGGGCAUCAAGCAGCGAAUCCACACAGUGACAGAGAUCAAUGGGGACGUCUACGUCACACUUUCAUGUGUUCCCCGUUUUAUUGACUCUGACUACUUCCAAGGAGAGAAGGGCAGAAUUGAGAGGGAGAGGUUUGAGGCCGAAGAUGCCAAAAAGAAUUCGAAGGCCAGAACAUCCUGAUGGCGUGACGGGCUACACGGCUUUCUGCUCGCCUUCAUUUGCUCUGACGUGAAGGGAAGGAGAAGGAGGAAAAGAAACGGGGAGAGGAUGUCGUUCUAUUAAAAUACAGUUGGGGUUUUUCUCAAGUUAGCUGGUAUUCAAAGGGCAGUUAAGUAAUUAUGUCAUCCCUGAUGUUUGGACAUUUUAUUCCUAGUCUUGAGCGGCCAAUCAGAUCUCUCACAUGAAAAUGCUAAAGGCAGUACGUGACUUUACUUAGUCUAAACACUGCCAAUUAGAUGUGAGCGUAUUAUAUUUGUGUGGUAAUGGUUUCAUUUAAUAAAUUCCAUGAAAAGUC